AUUAUUACAAAGAUAUAGUUACAAAAAAAUAUUUUAUACGUUAUCAUACUUUAAUAUAAUAAUAUUUGAAUAAUGUUUGAACCGGUAGUUCUAAAAAAAAAACAAUUUCGAACUCUUGCUGGAACUCCGGCUGGUACAGCAUUUAUAAUUACAAGUUUAACGAAAAUUCUUGUUCCUCUUGCAGGUCUUUUAUUGUUAAGUAUAUCUAAGAAGAUAAAAAUAUAUAUUUUUUAAAAAUAUAAAAUGAAUGAAGAAAACAAAACUUUAUAUGAUACAUCUAUUAUAACUGAAAAUGAUAGUAUAUUAGAUUUUAAAAGUCCAAAACAAUUUUCUAAAACAAAAUUAACUGAAUUUAAUCAUUUUAAUGGACAUCAAAAGAAAAAGACAAGUAUAAAAUUUAAAAAUUUUAUUAAAACUCAUGGAGACAAAAAAAAAAAAAGAACAAGAAAAGAAAAGACAUUCGCAAGAAUCACAAUCUUUUAUAGAAUCAUCAUUUUUUAAAUUUGAAAAUAAUUGUGAUGAUAAAAAUUCUAAUAGUGAUGUAAAAGUGGCUCUAGUAUGUCCUUUAUGUUUUAAAACGUUUAAAGAUCUUAAUUCUCGUGCAUUACAUAUGAAGAUUUGUGCAUAUAAAAAUAAUAUUUCUACCAAGAAGUUAUUAGAUGCUAUAGAUCUUCAAAAACGUCAAGAAGAUGAAAGAAAAUCACUAGGUUUGCUUGUUGCACCUAUAGUGCAAGAUAAAAAAAAAUCAAUAUCAUAUAGAACUUCAUACGAAGAAACUGAUUUUCAACUUGCCUUAGCAUUAUCAAAAUCUCUUCAAGAAGCGGAAGAACUUGAUAAAAUAAAUGAAAUUGAAAAAUUACCUAAAGUAUUAAAUCAAUUUAUAUUAGAAGCAAAUAAAUCUGAAAGUCAGUUGGAAAAAUUUGGAUUUAUAAACAGCAAACCUUCAUCAUUAAUAAAAAAUAAAAAAAGAAGAAUAAUGAAAUAACUUUACUUCAAACACGUUCU